AUGGCUGGUAUUGUCGGAGAAGCUGUUUUGUCUUGUUUCAUCCAGAAGUUGGUUGACAUGGUCACCUCCCCGGAGCUGUGGAAGUAUGCACGUAAAGAGCAAGUUGAUUCUGAGCUGAAAAGGUGCAAGAAUAUAUUGACAAAGAUCUGUUUAGUGCUCAAUGACGCAGAGGAGAAGCAGAUGACAAACCCUCUGGUCAAAAUAUGGCUGGACGAGCUUAGAGACUUGGCUUACGAUGUGGAGGACAUCUUGGACGACUUCGCCAUCGAAGCUUUGCGAAGCAGCUUGAUCAUGGCUCAACCCCAACAAGGCAUUAGUAAGUUACGAGACAUGCUCUCUUCUCUCAUUCCGAGUGCUUCUACGUCUAAUUCUAGUAUGCGUUCCAAGAUUAAGGAGAUCACUGAAAGAUUACAAGAGAUUUCAGCCCAAAAGAAUGACCUGGAUUUACGAGAGAUUGCUGGAGGGUGGUGGUCUGAUAGAAAGAGAAAGCGAGAGCAAACCACUUCUCUGGUGGUUGAAUCCGAUGUUUAUGGUAGGGAAAAAAAUAAAGCGGAUAUAGUUGACAUGUUACUCAAGCACGAUCCAAGUAGUGAUGAUGAAGUCUCCGUAAUUCCAAUUGUCGGUAUGGGAGGUAUCGGCAAAACUACUCUGGCUCAGCUUGCCUUCAAUGAUGAUGAAGUGAAGGGCCGUUUUGAUUUGAGAGCAUGGGUCUGUGUUUCUGAUGACUUUGACGUUUCGAAAAUAACCAAGACCAUUCUACAAUCUGUUGAUCCGGGAACUCAUGAUGUCAAUGAUCUCAAUUUGCUUCAGGUCAAAUUGAAGGAGAAAUUUUCUGGGAAGAAGUUUCUUCUUGUGCUAGACGAUGUUUGGAAUGAGAAUUGUCAUGAAUGGGAUACUUUGUGCAUGCCAAUGAGAGCUGGGGCACCCGGUAGUAAACUCAUCGUGACAACCCGUAAUGAAGGUGUCGCAGCAGUUACCAGAACUUGUCCAGCUUAUCCCCUACGGGAAUUAUCAAACAACGAUUGUUUGUCUUUAUUCACUCAGCAAGCAUUGAGGACAAGAAACUUUGAUGCCCAUCCACACUUGAAAGAAGUCGGUGAGGAAAUAGUGAGAAGGUGCAAAGGCUUGCCUUUGGCUGCGAAGGCACUCGGUGGCAUGUUGCGCAACCAACUAAGUCGCGAUGCAUGGGCAAAUAUAUUAACAAGCAGGAUAUGGGAUUUACCGGAAGAUAAAAGCCACAUUCUUCCCGCUCUCAUGUUAAGCUACCAUCAUCUCCCUUCUCAUUUGAAGCAGUGUUUUGCAUAUUGCUCCAUGUUUCCAAAGGACUAUGAAUUCAACAAGGAUGACUUAGUCCUCUUAUGGAUGGCAGAAGGCUUUUUGCAGAAAACGAAGGAGGCAGCUAGGCCAGAAGACUUAGGUUCUAAAUACUUCAAUGAUUUGUUCUCCAGGUCAUUUUUUCAACAUUCAAGUCGAAAUUCAUCCCGAUAUGUGAUGCAUGAUCUCAUCAAUGAUCUAGCUCAGUCAGUUGCAGGAGAAAUAUACUUUCAUUUGGAUGGUGCAUGGGAGAAUAACAAACAAUCCACCAUUUCUGAGAAGACUCGUCAUUCAUCAUUCAAUCGUCAACACUCUGAGACACAGAGAAAAUUUGAACCCUUUCACAAGGUGAAGUGUUUGAGAACAUUGGUUGCACUUCCCAUGGACCAACCAGUUUUUUCCAGUGGCUACAUAUCAAGUAAGGUGUUAGAUGACCUUUUAAAGGAAGUGAAAUAUUUACGGGUAUUAUCUUUAAGUGGCUACAAGAUAUAUGGGUUACCAGAUUCAAUUGGCAAUCUUAAAUAUUUGCGGUAUCUCAAUUUGUCCGGGUCUUCCAUAAGAAGGUUACCUGAUUCAGUAUGCCAUCUUUACAACUUACAAGCACUGAUAUUAUCUGAUUGCAAAGACCUUACGACGUUGCCUGUGGGAAUUGGAAACCUAAUCAACCUUCGACACCUUCAUAUCUUUGACACAUGGAAAUUACAAGAAAUGCCUUCUCAAACUGGAAAUCUAACAAAGUUGCAAACGUUAUCUAAGUUUAUUGUGGGCGAAGGUAACAACUUGGGAUUAAGAGAAUUGAAGAAUUUAUUUGAUCUUCGAGGACAACUUUCAAUUUUGGGGUUGCACAAUGUGAUGAAUAUUCGAGAUGGAAGGGAUGCCAAUUUAGAGAGUAAGCAUGGAAUUGAGGAGUUAACAAUGGAAUGGAGUGAUGACUUUGGUGCUUCACGAAAUGAAAUGCAUGAGAGGAAUGUUUUGGAGCAGCUACGACCUCAUAGAAAUCUGAAAAAGCUCACAAUUGCAUCUUAUGGUGGAUCAGGAUUCCCAAAUUGGAUGAAGGACCCAUCAUUCCCAAUAAUGACACACUUAAUUCUCAAGGACUGCAAGAGAUGCACAUCAUUACCCGCGCUUGGCCAAAUAUCCUCACUCAAAGUCUUGCAUAUUAAAGGUAUGAGUGAAGUUAGAACCAUAAAUGAGGAGUUUUAUGGAGGGAUUGUGAAGCCUUUUCCAUCCUUGGAGUCUCUAACGUUUGAGGUAAUGGCAGAAUGGGAAUACUGGUUUUGUCCUGAUGCAGUUAACGAAGCUCAUGUGCCCUUGAAUCCUUGGAGAUUAGCGAUUGUCCAUCUCUCCGAUGCUUUCCAAAUGAUUUGCAUAGAGUUCCCUCAAUCCCUUGUUACCCUGCAAACCAAAAAUAUGGCUGGGUUUGUUGGAGAAGCAGUUCUAUCUGGUUUCAUCCAGAAGCUGGUUGACAUGGUCACCUCCCCGGAGCUGUGGAAAGGGGAAGCAGAUGACAAACCCCUGGUCAACAUGUGGCUAGACGAGCUCAGAGACUUGGCUUACGAUGUGGAGGACAUCUUGGACGACUUCGCCACCGAAGCUUUGCGAAGCAGCUUGAUCAUGGCUCAACCCCAACAGGGCACUAGUAAGGUACGAGGCAUGCUCUCUUCUCUCAUUCCGAGUGCUUCUACGUCUAAUUUUAGUAUGGGUUCUAAGAUCGAGGAGAUCACUGCAAGAUUACAAGAUAUUUCAGCCCAAAAGAAUGACUUGGAUUUACGAGAGAUUGCCGCAGGGUGGUCUGAUAGAAAGAGAAAGCGAGCACAGACACUGCCUAACACUUCUCUGGUGGUUGAAUCCCGUGUUAUGGUAGAGAAACAGAUAAAGCGGCCAUAG